AAGAAAAUGCAGGUCUUUCGAGUUUUGCAUCUACUUAUCUUGAUCUCCUUAACAAGAACAACAACAUUAACAAAAGCCAAGAGCAUCAGCAAAAAAGGAUGCAAUGAUACAUGCGGAGGUAUCUUGAUUCCAUUCCCUUUUGGGAUUGGAAGAAAUUGUUUUCUGAACAAAUGGUACAACGUUGACUGUAACUCCUCGAUACCAUAUCUACCUUCACUCAACAACGUGGAGGUCUUGCAUGCAAGCUCCACCGGAGAUGUCAUUGUUAACGUAUCCAUGACUUUUGAUUGCGAGAAUUCAAUGCAGAAUAGCACUCUUGUCCUAAGUGACCAGAGUCCCUUUGCUAUUUCGGUAUACGACAACAGCUUCUUCGUUAAGGGAUGUGGCAAUAUUUAUGCUAACGUGACAAAGAGUGGGAGCAUUGUCGCUGGUUGUUCAACGAUUUGUCGCAAAAAAACUGUUAGUGACAGAAACAACUGCUUUGGAGUCGGUUGUUGCCAAAGUACGUUUUCUUAUUAUCUCGAAUCGUUUAACUUGAAUCGAACUAGGUUGAAAAGGCCGAUUGGAGAUGGAAGCUGUGGGACUGCCUUCUUCAUGAACAGUGCAUACUUCGAAAAAGGGUUUCCUCGACAAUCUAUUGAUGGGGACAACAUUUAUGUUCCGAUAACACUUUCUUUGAUUUAUUCAACAUCCGGAGAUAUAAGUUCGCCAGAAUGCAAAAGGUGUGAAAUCAAGGGAGGGUAUUGUUCCAUAAAUGUUGACGCAGCCUCGGGUACGAGUUGUUAUAUUUACGGAAGGAGCAAAAAAAUAGGUGUCAUUCUGGGUGUUAGUAUAAGUAUGGGAUUGUUUCUCUUAUCAGUGAUCAGCUAUGCUUUGUACAAUAUAAUCAAGAAAACUAAAGCCAAGAAAAGGAAACAAAGGUUUUUUAAACGCAAUGGUGGUCUGCUUCUUAAACAACAACAAGCAACUGAUGUUGCUUUAGUUGAUAAAACCAUACUUUUCACUUCCAACGAAUUGGGGAAGGCCACCGACAAUUUUAAUGAGAAUAGAAUUUUGGGUCGAGGAGGUCAAGGUAUAGUAUAUAAAGGUAUGUUAGCUGAUGGAAGGAUCGUAGCAAUCAAGAAAUCAAAGAUGGUUGAUGAAAUCCAACUAGAAGAGUUCAUCAAUGAGGUAGUCAUUCUCUCACAGGUCAACCAUAGAAAUGUUGUUAAAUUAUUGGGGUGUUGCCUAGAGACUGAGGUCCCACUACUUGUUUCUGAGUUCAUCUCAAAUGGUACGUUAUAUGACCUUAUUCAAGAUGAAACGGGUGAGUUCUCAUUCUCUUUAUCAAUGAGAGUACACAUUGCUACAGAGGUUGCUGGAGCACUCUCUUACUUACAUUCCGCAACCUCCAUUCCGAUAUACCAUAGGGAUGUCAAGACGACUAAUAUACUUUUGGAUGAACAGUAUAGAGCCAAAGUAUCUGAUUUUGGAAUGUCAAGGUUUGUAUCAAUUGAUCAAACUCAUUUAACUACCUUAGUCAAAGGAACAUUUGGUUACUUAGACCCACAGUACUUUCAAUCGAGUCAGUUCACUGAAAAAAGUGAUGUGUAUAGUUUUGGUGUUGUUUUAUUGGAACUCUUGACAAGAGAGAAGCCUAUUUCCUUUACUAGAUUUGGUGAAAAUAGAAACUUGGCUACAUACUUUAUGCUAGCCAUGGAAGAAGGUCGUGUGAUGUCUAUUUUUGAUGCAAUGGUUGUUAAGGAGGGUUCUACGAACGAGUUGUUGGCUAUGGCUAACAUGGCAAUGCGAUGCUUGAACUUCAAUGGAAAAAAUAGGCCAACAAUGAAAGAAGUCGCUACUGAGUUAGAAAGAAUCAGAGUGUCACAUGUGCCCUCUACACAUCAAACUAAUUUUGGACAUGUGACACAACAUGAUGAUGUAUAGCUAACAUAUAGCGAGUCAACAUCAACAUGAACAUUAUGGACAGUUGGCGACAACCGUAGUCUAUGAGUUAUGGUAAACCUUAUGUUUUCUUUUAAUUAAUUACUAGUAUCGAUAAAUUCGUUUAAAGGCCAAAAAGUACGGUAUAUGUUAUA